GAAACGGGGAAACGCGUAUCCCCUGAGAGGGCUCUUAAGGAACAUUACCGAACAAAGAGAUAGAAGUCCGAGCUUUCUUAGGGUUUCGCCAUAGGUAGCGGGCAUCGGAUCGACGCAGCUCUCUUCUUCCGCCGACGCCUCUUUUUUCUUUCAGAUCAAGAUGGCUGGGAGAGGUCGCGUGCCUCGCCAAGCUUUUGAAGAUGCUCGACGUGGUUAUCCUGUCCCUCCUGAAGGGCCAUUUUUUGGUGGCCCUGUUCCUCGUCCGCCUCACCCUGCUGCACUUGAGGAGGAACUUGAAUUGCAGAUGAUGGAUAUAAGGAGGCUUUUGGCUGAUAAUCGUGGUCUAGCCGAGGAUCGUGCAGCUUUUCAUCGGGAACUGAUUGCUGCUAAGGAGGAACUGCAUCGGAUGAAUUUGGUGAUUGCAGAUAUCCGUGCUGAGAAAGAAGCCCAUGCAAGGGAGCUGAUUGAGAAAGGAUUGAAGUUAGAAGCUGAUCUGAGAGCCACUGAACCUCUCAGGGAUGAGGUUGUACAGCUUCGUGCGGAAAUUAAGAGGCUAACUGCCAUGCGACAAGAACUCACUGAGCAGGUUCGGUCCCUAACACAAGAUCUGACAAGGGCACGAGCUGAUAAUAAACAAAUCCCCGCUAUGAAGGCUGAAAUUGAUGAGCUUCGGCAGGAACUUAUCCAUCUUCGGAUGUCUAUCGAGUAUGAGAAGAAAGGGAACUUUGAGCUAAUGGAACAAAGGCAGUCAAUGGAGAAAAACUUGGUUUCCAUGGCACGUGAAAUUGAAAAAUUGCGAGCUGACUUGGCUAAUGCUGAGGGAAGGCCACGGGGUGCAGGUGGAGGUUACCCUUCGUCCUACGGAAGCCCUGAAGGACUGUUCCCUUCGUCAUAUGGAUAUGAGUAUGGUUUUCAGCCGCCUGUUGCUGACAAGGCUCCUCUCUAUGGUGCUGGUUCUGGAUCAUGGGGAGCAGUUGACAAGGCUCGCGCUCCUCGCCGUUGAAAAUCAAAAUUGAAUUGCCCUCUGAAAUACAAAUUAUGCCUCUUUAUGUUGCAGAUGUUUCUCCACUAGAGGGUUAGAAGUUCUAGCUUUACCAAUUGGCGCAUGCUCCACCAGCCUGUCUUAAUAGAAUGCUGUUCAUCGUUAAAAGCAAGACAUAGCGCAUCACUCAUUAUCUUUGCUUUUGUUGGACGGAGAAAUGCUUUAUAUGCUUUUAUAUGGUAAAUAUGAGACAUCAGUUAUGUUUGACAUUCAUAAUCUUAUCUUAUAUUGUAUUUCCUUAAUUGUUA